GGACUAUCACUGGAAAAGGGGGCGUUUGGUGCGACAUUUGACUCUACUACUGCACAAAAUAGACCGAUCACAUGCUGAAUAUCAAUGGACUAAUCGGUUUUCUAAUCUGUGUUGUAUUAAAAUGGACUUUUAGGGUAUGGAUGAUAUGCUGUGAAAAAUUUAAAGUGCUAAUAUUACCAAAAGAAAAUUGAGAGCAGGAAGUUUAGCUUCUGGCCCUGCUCCAGUCUUCUUCCUCCCUUGUGUUUCCUCUCACAACAAUCAAGGUUGGCCAAUAAUGGAGGGGAUGUAAGGGAACGUCAAAUGCGAUCCUGGAAGCUUGUUUGUCCAGGGUAGGCUGGAGAAAAAGAUGCAACCCCUAAAUCCCAGCCUUUAAAUACAGAGCUCUGCUGGGGCACCAGAGGGCCUCUUUGUAGGAGAGAAACACCUCUGAACUCAAAGGCAGCAUGAUGGAUGUAUAUAUCUGAGCACUGAAGCCAAAGCCCACCCAGAGGAGGGGGCUAUUCAGGGGCAUCUGUGAGUCAUAUAAAACAUCCUCACAGUGGGAGAGCUUUUAGUUAGCAGCCCCGUGAAGAACUGACAACAGAGCAAGAAAGAGAAGAAGUACCACCAAACUGCAAUGGCAUCUUUAGGGCUGCAGAUUCUGGGCGUCGGGCUGGCGGUGCUUGGAUGGAUUGGAAACAUACUCAUCUGUAUGCUGCCCCUGUGGAAAGUGUCUGCUUUCAUCGGGAACAACAUCGUGGUGGCUCAGACCAUCUGGGAAGGACUGUGGAUGACCUGCGUGGUGCAGAGCACCGGCCAGAUGCAGUGCAAGGUCUACGACUCCCUGCUGGCCUUGCCUCCGGACCUCCAGGCGGCUCGGGCUAUGGUGGUCAUCGCCAUCCUGUUCUCUCUGUUCGGCCUGCUGCUCUCUGUGGUCGGGGGGAAAUGCACCACCUGCGUUGGGGACAAAGUAGCAAAAGCCAAAGUGGCCAUCUCCGCAGGUGUUUUCUUCAUCUUGAGUGGGGCUCUGUGUCUGGUGACUGUGUCGCUGCCUGCCAAUACUGUCAUAAAGGACUUCUACAACCCCAUGGUCCCUGACGCCCAGAGGAGGGAGCUGGGUGCAUGUUUGUACAUGGGCUGGGGAGCAUCAGGACUUCUGCUGAUCGGUGGAGCUCUUCUCUGCUGUCAGUGCCCGUCAGGAGGAGACCGCUACAAUGGAGCAAAGUACUCCGCUCCCAAAUCCACAACGCCCGGGAAGGAAUUUGUCUGAUUUGCUGCAUUACAUGAGAGGCAGCACUCUAUGAACAGCAUCUAACUUUAUACACAGUACAAACUUGUUGCUUAUGAAGUUGUGAUUUGCAUUGUGACUAAUUUUACUAACACAUUUUGGGGAUGUGCCAUGUUACAAUUAUGCAACAUGUUAACAUGAGUUAAGAUUGAAGCUUAGCUCAUUUAUUUUUACAUUGUUGUUUAUUAAUUUCUAUAUUAAUUCAGUGUCGGACUGUUUUCAUUUAUCUUAUUUACAACAUAAGCACUUCAGAAAGACGACUUGUGUAUUUGUUGUGGGAUUUAUUUGUAAUUUAGUUUUUCAGUCAGAUAAUAAACAGAUUUUUUUGGCAACAAUGUUUUGAUGAUAUGACUGAUCUGGUGGAACGUAACAAAAUGCAUUUUCCUGUGCAAUGUGGUUCAGUAAAAGUUUUCAGAUAGUUAUUCAAUGCUAAAUUCCAGAGAGAAAUAUUGCACUGCUAUAAAGUUACUAGUUACUUUAAAAAGAUGUUUACACAUAAAACGCACUGCAUUGUUAUAGAUUAAACCAUCAAAGUUGUUGUGUGCUGUACAGAUUGUAAAGCUAUGUGACUAUAUGUAAUAGUUAAAUUUAGCUCCAUA